CCGCCGGCCCCGCCCCGCUGCCAGCACCAGCCAUGGCGGCCAUGAGCCUGCUGCUGCGGGCGGCGGCUUCCUGGGGAGUGCGGCGGGCGGCGGGGGGCAGCGGCAGCGCUCGGCUCCCUUGGGCCGCCGGGGCCGCUCGCCUGCCCGGUACCGUCGCUCCUGUCCGAUACAGCAGCCAUGGGAAGAGAAUGUUUAUUAUCAAGGCAACAAGCUUUUAUGAUACUCGAUUUCUGAGUUUGCUGAGAUUCUAUAUAUUUCUGACAGGGAUACCAGUGGCGCUAUUCAUAACGUAUGUCAACAUCUUCAUUGGUGAAGCUGAACUUGCAGAGAUUCCUGAAGGUUAUGUUCCAGAAUACUGGGAAUACUACAAACACCCUAUAAGUCGCUGGAUAGCUCGUUACUUCUUUGACCCCCCUGAAAAGAACUAUGAGAAGCAUAUGGCUUUGCUCGAUAUUGAAGCAAAGAAAACUGACCUGAGGAUGACGGAGUUGGAGGCACGCAGACUGAUGAGGCAGAGGGGAGAUGGACCGUGGUAUCAUUAUGAAACACCUGAUAAAAAUCUUACUGACAAUUCUGUGAAAUCCACACCUGACAAUUGAACAGUUUGAAGGUAGUAUGCACAGUUUUAAAUGCAUACCAACAAAUUGUGGCUUAACUAUGGAAUAUACAUCCUGCUGUGUACUGUUGGAAAUAAUAAUAAAAAAAUAAACACAAAAAAAA